AGCUACAAGCCUAAAGACGUCAAGGGCUUACCAGUCUCCAAGGCAAACCCGGAGCGCUAAGCCCGCUGUUCUUCCGUGGAGGAGAUGGCUUCCAGCCCACUGCCAGGGCCCAAUGAUAUACUACUUGCAUCGCCGUCGAGCGCCUUCCAGCCCGAUGCAUUGAGCCAACCGCGGCCGGGUCACGCCAACCUUAAACCCAACCAGGUGGGCCAGGUGAUCCUCUAUGGCAUUCCCAUCGUGUCCUUGGUGAUCGACGGGCAGGAGCGCCUGUGCCUGGCGCAGAUCUCCAACACUCUUCUCAAGAACUUCAGCUAUAACGAGAUCCACAACCGCCGAGUGGCUCUGGGCAUCACGUGCGUGCAGUGCACACCUGUCCAACUGGAGAUCCUGCGGCGGGCAGGGGCCAUGCCCAUCUCUUCGCGGCGUUGUGGCAUGAUCACCAAGCGUGAGGCCGAGCGCCUUUGUAAGUCAUUCCUGGGCGAAAAUCGGCCACCCAAGCUGCCGGACAACUUCGCCUUCGACGUGUCGCACGAGUGUGCCUGGGGCUGCCGCGGCAGCUUCAUCCCGGCGCGCUACAACAGCUCUCGCGCCAAGUGCAUCAAGUGUAGCUACUGCAACAUGUACUUCUCCCCCAACAAGUUCAUUUUCCACUCCCACCGCACCCCAGACGCCAAGUACACGCAGCCAGACGCAGCUAACUUCAAUUCCUGGCGCCGCCAUCUCAAACUCACAGACAAGAGUCCUCAGGACGAGCUAGUCUUCGCCUGGGAGGACGUCAAGGCCAUGUUCAACGGUGGCAGCCGCAAGCGCGCGCUACCUCAACCCAGCGCGCACCCGGCCUGUCACCCACUCAGUUCUGUCAAGGCUGCUGCGGUGGCGGCCGCAGCCGCAGUGGCCGGGGGCGGGAGCCUGCUGGGCCCGCACCUGCUGGGGGCUCCACCCCCGCCACCGCCGCCACCACCCUUGGCUGAGCUGGCGGGCGCACCUCACGCCCAUCACAAGCGGCCGCGCUUCGACGACGACGACGAUUCCCUCCAGGAGGCUGCUGUGGUGGCUGCAGCCAGCCUCUCGGCAGCCGCAGCCAGCCUCUCGGUGGCCGCAGCCACAGGCGGCGCCGGGCCAGGCGCAGGUGGCCCCGGGGGUGGCUGCGUGGCCGGCGUGGGCGUGGGUGCCAGUGCGGGGGCUGGUGCAGCAGCUGGCACUAAAGGUCCACGCAGCUACCCAGUCAUCCCAGUGCCCAGCAAGGGUUCGUUCGGGGGCGUGCUACAGAAGUUCCCGGGCUGCGGGGGCCUCUUCCCGCAUCCUUACACCUUCCCGGCAGCGGCCGCAGCCUUCGGCUUGUGCCACAAGAAGGAGGACGCGGGGACAGCGGCCGAGGCCCUGGGGGGAGCGGGCGCGGGGAGCGCAGGUGCGGCGCCCAAGGCAGGGCUGUCGGGUCUCUUCUGGCCCGCGGGUCGCAAAGAUGCCUUCUACCCUCCCUUCUGCAUGUUCUGGCCACCGCGGACCCCCGGCGGGCUGCCCGUGCCCACCUACCUACAGCCCCCGCCGCAGCCCCCGUCUGCGCUCGGCUGCGCGCUGGGUGAUAGCCCGGCCCUGCUGCGUCAGGCCUUCCUGGACCUGGCCGAGCCGGGCGGUUCAGGUGGCAGCGCCGAGGCAGCGCCCCCGCCGGGCCAACCUCCCCCCGUGGUGGCCAAUGGCCCUGGCUCCGGUCCUCCGGCUACUGGGGGUACUGGAGCACGCGACACGCUCUUCGAGUCGCCCCCGGGCGGCAGCGGCGGGGACUGCAGCGCCGGGUCCACGCCACCCGCAGAGCAAGGAGUGACGUCCGGGACCGGGUCUGCGUCCUCCGGAGCAGGCUCUGUGGGCACCCGAGUGCCGGCUCCCCAUCACCCGCACCUCCUGGAAGGGCGCAAGGCGGGCGGCGGCAGCUACCACCAUUCCAGCGCCUUCCGGCCGGUGGGCGGCAAGGACGACGCAGAAAGCCUGGCCAAGCUACAUGGGGCGUCGGCGGGCACACCCCACUCAGCCCCGGCGCAUCACCAUCACCACCACCACCACCCGCACCAUCACCACCAUCACCCUCCGCAGCCGCCGUCGCCGCUGCUGCUGCUGCAGCCCCAGCCCGAUGAGCCGGGGUCGGAGCGCCACCACCCAGCCCCGCCACCCCCGCCACCGCCGCCCCCUCUGGCCCCGCAGCCGCACCACCGAGGCCUUCUGUCCCCAGAGGGCACCAGCUGCAGCUACCCCAGUGAGGACAGCUCUGAAGAAGAGGAGGACGAGGAGGAAGAGCAGGAGGUGGACGUGGAGGGCCACAAGCCACUCGAAGGCGAGGAAGAGGAGGACGGUCGAGAUCCUGAAGAUGAGGAGGAAGAAGAUGAGGAGACCGGGGUUCUUCUAGGAGACUCCCUGGUUGGCGGUGGCCGGUUCCUCCAGGGCCGAGGGCUAUCAGAGAAGGGGAGCGGUCGGGACCGCACGACGCCCGCCGUGGGUGCUUUCCCUCUAGCGCUGAACUCCUCCAGGCUGCUACAAGAGGAUGGGAAACUGGGGGACUCUGGAGGCUCGGACCUGCCGGCGCCCCCGCCCCCACCCCUGGCCCCCCAGAAAGCAAGCAGCAGUGGGGGCAGCAGGCCAGGCAGCCCCGUCCACCAUCCAUCACUGGAGGAGGAGCCCUCGUACAAAGAUAAUCAGAAACCUAAGGAAAACAACCAAGUUAUUUUAUCUACAAAGGAUGACAACUUCUCAGAUAAGAACAAGGGACAUGGCUUCUUCAUCACAGAUUCUGAUUCUUCUGGAGACUUUUGGAGAGAAAGAUCAGGUGAACAUACACAAGAAACCAAUUCACCUCACUCACUCAAAAAGGAUGUAGAAAACAUGGGAAAAGAGGAACUUCAGAAGGUUUUGUUUGAGCAAAUAGAUUUGCGGAGGCGACUGGAGCAAGAAUUCCAGGUGUUAAAAGGAAAUGCGUCCUUCCCAGUUUUCAAUAACUUUCAGGAUCAGAUGAAAAGGGAACUGGCUUACCGAGAAGAGAUGGUGCAACAGUUACAAAUCAUCCCCUAUGCAGCAAGCUUGAUCAGGAAAGAGAAGCUUGGCGCCCAUCUCAGCAAAAGCUAAAAGGCGACAGACCCACUCACUCUUGUUCUGUAAGAUACAGCCUACCACUGAGCACUUCGGACCUGCAGAAAGAAGAACU